GUUUUAUCGGCCCUUUCCUCGGCCCGUUUUCUGUUGUUUGAUCCAUUGAAUUUCCUUUUUCAGUUAGCUUCCGUCUACUGUACUUGGUAACUCAACGUCAAGUACUUUGGUUCCAUAUAUUGCCCCUUUUCGCCUCCCAUCUUCAUCUAUUGCCCAACAACCAUUAUCAAAGUAACCAUGAAGAAGUCUGAAGCAACUGGUUCUACCUUGGAGCUCUUUCCCCAUCUCCUUGAUUCACCGGACAAGCUUUCGAGAGACAUCGACCCCUUUACCAUCACCACCGCAUCGGGGUUCUUGCCUUUCGAGCUUCCUCCUGUAGCCUUGCCUGAUGCUUUCAAGUCAUUGGACUCGUUGACUUCUCGGCUGCCCGUUGUCAAGGCAGACGGGUCCCCGGGCUUACUUGCCACUUUUGAGCUUGGACCAGCUGUGCUUGCCGAGCUCCCUGAUCUGACCGAUGAGGUGGAUAAGCUCCUCACAGAAGAUGGCAAGCCAGAUCGCUUCAUGAUCACAGCUGUAUUUAGGGAUUACACGUUCGUUUGCUCUUCUUACUUACUUGAGCCAUGCUAUGAGAGAUGGUCGAAGGAUCCAGCUGGUGGUUACGGUAUUGGCCGGGAAACAUUGCCGAAGUGUAUCGCACGUCCACUCUACCGAUGUGCCGAGAUACUCGACAUACCUCCUUUCAUGUCGUAUGCAGCUUCCUAUGCGUUGUUCAACUAUACAGUUGCUGAUCCCGCACGAGGGCUAGAGUAUUCUAAUCUUAGGCUUAUUCGGGCUUUUGAGCGUGGACUUGACCCCAAAAGCUCCGAGGCGGGAUUCAUUCUAACCCAUGUUGAUAUGGUGAAGGAAUCAGCUGCCUUAGUCAGUGGUGCCGUCCGCAUACUCAACAAGCUGGAAGAAAGUAAGGAGCCCUCGUCUCGUGAAGAAGUAAACGAUGCCUUUAGGGAAAUCCUAAAGGGGAUGGAGAAAGUUGAAACUUGCAUGGAAGAUAUGUGGAAGAACUCCAAACCUAGUGAUUAUCUCUCGUUCCGCGUAUUUAUCUUCGGUAUCACAUCUCAGUCAAUGUUUCCAAAUGGCGUUGUCUAUGAAGGCGUCUUAGAUAACAAGCCGCUAAAUUUCCGCGGAGAGAGUGGCGCUAAUGACAGCAUCAUCCCGCUACUCGACCACCUUCUCCAAAUUCCAAUGCCAUCUACACCAUUGACAAAAAUUCUACAUGAGUUCCGUGCCUAUCGCCCACUUCCACACCGACAAUUCUUGGCACAUGUGGCGUCCAAGGCAGAGGAGGUUGGCGUUCAAGAAUUUGCGGUCCAAGAUGCGGAAACAGUACUAUUGUACUUGAAAGCCCUAGAUCAUGUUCGAAGUUUCAGAUGGAGACAUUGGCUGUUGACAAGGGAGUACAUCAUUAAACGAACGCCAUAUCCCACCGCCACUGGCGGCAGCCCGAUUAUCACGUGGCUUCCCAAUCAACUUUUCGCUGUGUUGGAGCUUAUGAUCUCCAUUCACGAUAAGUAUGUGGCCCCAUUCACUAGCAAGGAUCUCCCCACGGCCGUUGAUACGAACGGGUCUCAGAACGGCGCGUCGUCCUCUGAGCAGAAGAAGGCUCAGAAGAUGGAGUCUUUCUACUACUAUCGUGCUCAGACAGAUGAGAUGAUGGCGCUUGUGCGUGACCAGAAGGAUAAGCUAGACAGGGAGGUUGCCAGAUGGUGUCAAGAGCGCGGAGUAUGAAUUGUAUUUCGGUUGAAUCUUAUUUCUCGGACCGCCAUUUUUGCGAUCAUAUUUCGAUCUAGACAUGUUUUGACUGGGUUAUAUCGGAUGAGAUUGCUGUUUGAUCAAAUAUUUGAAUUUUCAAUUAACUAGUUUCUCGUCUCCCUUUAAGUUAAUUUUGAAUAUCCAACACAUGCAAUGCAAUUGGACUUGACCUUUC